CAUUUCACGAACAAACCAUUCACAAAACACACUUAAAUUACUUCCUUCCUAUCCACAAACACAAACACAAUCUUCAAUCUUCAUUCACAACCAUCUACAACCAUCAUGGCUCCACCAGUCGCUAAAAACACCGCCAACGGAAUGAUGACAUCCGGUCUGGUGAAGGCCAAAACCCUGCCUCGACGUGCUUACGUCACCUUUUUGGCCGGAGAUGGUGACUACUGGAAGGGUGUGGUUGCACUCGCCAAGGGUCUACGCAAGGCCAAGUCUAUCUACCCGCUCGUCGUCGCAAUGCUUCCCGAUGUUCCGAUGGAUCAUCGACAGAAAUUGUUGUCACAAGGAUGCAUCAUCCGAGAGAUUGAGCCACUGUACCCGCCGGAAAACCAGACACAGUUUGCUAUGGCUUAUUAUGUCAUUAAUUACUCCAAGCUCCGUAUUUGGGAGUUCGUGGAGUAUAGCAAGAUGAUAUACUUAGACGGAGACAUACAAGUAUUCGACAACAUAGACCACCUCUUCGACUUACCAGACGGCCACUUCUACGCCGUCAUGGACUGUUUCUGCGAGCCAAACUGGCGUAACAGCCCCCAAUACCAAAUCGGCUACUGUCAACAAUCACCAAACAAUGUCCAGUGGCCAGAGCACCAACUGGGCCCCAAACCCCCACUCUACUUCAACGCCGGUAUGUUCGUCUUCGAGCCCAGUCUCUCCACCUACUACGACCUCCUAGACUCCGUAAAAACAACCCCACCAACACUAUUCGCCGAACAAGAUUUCUUAAACAUGUUUUUUAAAGACAUUUACAAGCCUAUUCCCACCGAAUACAACUUGAUAUUGGCGAUGUUGUGGCGCCACCCGGAGAAUGUGGAGCUUGAGAAAGUGAAGGUGGUGCAUUACUGUGCUGAUGGGUCGAAGCCAUGGAGGUAUACUGGAAAAGAGGUGAAUAUGGAUCGGGAUGACAUUAAGAUGCUGGUGGAGAAGUGGUGGGAGAUUUAUAACGAUGAGACGUUGGAUUAUUGGAGGAUUUGUGGGCAUUCGAUGGGUGCGCAGUUGACCGCCGUGGAUAAGCCGACUCCUGUGGUUAGUAAAAGUGGCCGGCGUUACAUCACUGCCCCAUCGGCGGCUUAGAGUUUAUAUAUGAUGGUGUUUAGUAAUAUUAUUUUGUUUUUUUUUUCAUUUUUUUUUCUAUUUUUCUCGGACUGACAUGGGGUUAGUUUUGAGAAAGCUAGUAACUUAAAGAAAUAGUGGGUUGUUUUUUGUUGGCUUUCUGUUUUAGUUUGGGAUUGUAAGUUUGUAACUAUGAUUAUUGGGAUUUUCAGCAUAUUAUAAAUGGAAAUUCCUAUUUAUAUAUUUCA